CAAUUAUGUGUCGUGCCCUGUGACUCUCAGCGUUGGCGUUUUUAUAUUUUAUUUAUCGUUAAAUUGCAUUCCACAAUUUGGAAUUUUAAAACUUUAAAGUUAGAUCAACUAUUUUUUUGGGAACUCAACUAUCUAGUUACGCUUCAAUGGAUGAUAGUAGCAAAAUAAAUAUUAGAUACCAGGAGGAAACUGUUGAACCAGUGAAAUUAAAUGAAGAAGACCAAACCACACUAAUUAAACAAAAUUUACGAAUAGUUUCAGAAUUUAAAGCUCAAGAGUUAGAUAGGCAUGCCAAAAAAUACUGGGAUAUUUUUUAUAAACGUAAUGGUGACAGAUUUUUUAAAGAUCGUCAUUGGACAACUCGUGAAUUUACAGAUAUAGCUAGAUUAAAUAAUGAUAAAAAACAAAUACUAGAAAUUGGAUGCGGUGUAGGAAACUUUAUAUACCCAUUACUUACUGAUGGUCUAAAUGCAGAUUUUUAUGCUUGUGAUUUCUCACCUAGGGCAAUUGAAUGUCUUAAAUCAAAUCCAUUUUACAAUCCAUCUAUCAUCAAAGCAUUCACUUGUGAUAUUGUUAAUGAUAAAUUGCAAUCAGUGAUACCUAAAAAUAGUUUGGACAUAGUCACUUCAAUUUUUGUUUUAUCCGCUAUAAACCCUGACAAUCAUCAAAAAGUUGUUCAGAAUAUUCAUGAAGUUUUGAAAAACGGUGGACGUGUAUUGUUCAGGGAUUAUGGACUUCAUGACAUGACCCAACUAAGAUUUAAACCUGGUCACAAAAUUUCCGAGAACUUUUAUAUGCGCCAAGAUGGUACUAGAUCAUAUUUUUUUUCUAUUGAUUAUCUUCAUAAACUCUUUACGGAAAAUGGAUUUAAAGAAUUGUCAAAUAAAUAUGUGUGUAAAAGAACCAUAAACAUAAAAGAAGAAAUUGAUGUCCCUAGGCGAUUCAUUCAAGCAACAUUUUUCAAGCAAUCAUAACUCAUAAGUUGAUACCCUAAUUUCUUUAUUAAUAAAUGUGUUAAAUUUUAAUUAAGUUAGUUUAGACGUUUUAUUUUAAUAAUAAACUCGUUUUUUUGAACAAAAAAAGUUGUGUACUAUUAUAAUUUACAUUAAGUAUAAAAGAAAAUAUUAAAUAUUAUGAAUAAAAAAAAUUUGAAAAUAAUAAAUUUAUAAAAAAUAUAUUUUAUAAUUUUUUUUCGUAAUUUCUUAUAUUAUUUAUAUUAAAAAUAAAAUAAAAAGGGAUAUGUAAUGCAGAUAUUGUAACCCAACCUACCCGUAAUAUCUGAUAUUCAACUAAAAAUUAUUUAUUUUUUAAUAAUUGACCUUAAUGAUAAAAGUACUAAUUUCUGAAAGAAAAACUUAUUAUUUUAUAUUACAGGCUAAUGAAUGACAAAUAAAAUGCUAUCAUUAGAAAUUAAUGAAAAGAAUGUAUUACCUUAAGACAAUUAUGACAAUGAUUUUUGGAAAUAACAUUUUAUUUCUAUUUUAUAAUGUAUUGUCUUGAUUUUUAUUGGCACUUAAUUUAUUUUAUUAGCUUAUAGACAUUGGUGUAAAAAUUUUAAAUAACUAUGGCAAUAAAGAUUUAUAUAAUAAAAAAAAUUCUAUAUAUGACUAACA